UGGUCUUUUUCGCUUCAUUGUCAGAUGAAUAAAGCACCUUUUUAGGAGGGCAGGAGUCUUAACUUCACAUUUUUCCUGCUUUUGAGUAAUUUAGACCAUGGUUCCUUCAAAACAGUGGUCCCUUCUCUUCUUCUCCCCACCUCAUUCACUUUAAUUGGAGUUUAAAAGUGUGCUUGAUUUUGUGCAGAUAAGGGCUAUUUGCAUAAAGCUGUCAACCUCCAGGGGGGGAUUUUCAUUGUGGAAGAGUUACAGCUGUUUCCAUCUCCAGAGCCUGUGCAGACACUCAAGCUGGCCACACAAAAGGGCCUGUUGUAUGCUGGGUCUGCCUCCCGGCUCGUGCAGCUCCCUGUGGCGACCUGCAGCCGGUACAAGUUCUGCCUCGAUUGCGUCUUAGCCAGGGAUCCUUACUGUGCCUGGUCACUGCCUCUUUGCGCCUGCAUCAACAUGGCGAACUGGUCUGGGGGUUUGCGGGAUCUGAUUCAGAGUGUCAGGAAUGGCGAUGCCUCCAGGUGCCCUGAAGUGGCUAAGAAUGCCAGGAGGCUCCCUGUCACCCUGGGUAGCAGCCCACAACUCAGCUGCAGCUCUCUGUCCAACCUGGCUACGUCUGUCUGGACAUUCAAUGGGAGCAGCCUGCAGGACGAAGAGCCCAAAUAUCUCUUCCACGCCCGGGGACUGGUUGUGUUUAACAUGACGGCUUCCGACGUUGGGCUCUACGAGUGUCAGUCUGUUGAGACAUCCAACGGAAGAGAAUUCCGCAUCUCCAUGUCCACCUAUUUUCUUUACCUUCAGCAAGAGAGCAGCUUCACCAUGGCUCCCAAGGGUGAGCCAUCAAAUCGGGAGUGCACCGUCUCUGUAGCUCCAAAGUUGCAGCCCUUGGCAUCUCUCCAGACGGAGGACCCAGCAAGGCUGGAGCGACCUCAGAGAUUCCAAGGGCUCUCGUUCACAUUGGUGCUUUGGGGGGGGAGCCUUUGCCCUGCUUUUCCUUUCCUUGCUCUCCUGGAACCUUUACGAGGGCCACCUCUCUCUCCCCUGGAAAGGUGUGUGGAGCAGGAGGUCAGAAAUGGUGGAUGCUGUUGGGGUGGUGAGUCCUGAGCCAAAGCAAACAGUCUUGAUUCAGGGAAGCUUGGCUGCCUGUCCCAUCUCUGGCUCGGCCAGCGAAUCAGCCCUGCUGGCAAGCUCACCCCAAGAGGCAUGCAGCGCAAAGGCAAAGCAGACCACCAGCCUCGCCGCAGGCAGGGCAGCCUGCAGUUCCUCAAACUGCCUGGUCAGCAAAGUCCAGCUCACUGAUGAAGAAGGCCUUGCAGCAUGACGGCCUUGGUAGAGGGUCUGCACCACGGAAACCCCACGAACUGUCCUAUUGUGUGCCCAGAACCCCCAUUU